AUGACCAGACCCGCUCUCAAGCCUGUUGGCACACCUACUCCCUCCGGAACGACUGGUACUCCAAGCACAGGCACAGGCAUAGGCGCAACAGGUCUUCAAAGGACGACACCCUCGGUCAGCAGAUUGGCCGGUCAAUUCAACCCAGUCAGUAUCUCGACACAGAAAACGGCCGCCACGACCAACCGAAGUGUAGCAAGCCCUACCUCAACCAUCGCAGCAGCCAAGGCAGCCCUCUUUGAGCGUUCGCAGGCAGCGUCUCCCACCACACCAACUGCAAACCCUCUCCGAACAUCCAUCAGCAGCGUGAGCAGCAUCAGCAGCAUGGGAAGCAGCAACAGUAUCAGCGGCAUGUCAUCCCCUACAACCCCCGUCGCCUCUUCUCCAUUUCGCAAACCGUCCAUUAGCAGUAUCAACGCCGUCCGGGAUGCGCCCUCGCCUACUUCUCAACAGAUCCCUUCGCCCACCUUUCUCCGAAAGACCCCCAUCGGAAGCAUCUUCAACAGAGAUGCCACGAGCACAACAACAACAAAGUCGCCUACCGUUGCUUCUCCUACUACUGCUUCUUUCCCAAAAGCCGCAAGCCCUCCUUCGACCAUCUCGAUUAGAACAAUGGCUGCCCCCCCUGCUCCCUCGAUCGAGGCAAACAAACCAGCUCCACUAGUAGAGACACCUCCUACCUCUGCAACAACGACAUCUGUCGCGACCCCUGUCACCCCCUCGACCCCUAUAACUCUAGCGGGCCUUGCGUCUCCUACUACCCCCAACAUUUCUGAGAAGCAAGAGGCCCUUAUCGACAGCCUAAUGAUUGCUGAGGCCCCUUCGUCCCCUGUCCCUGCCAAGACACCUGAGCCCAAGGCGGUGAAAAUCGAGUUACCUAUUGUCGAGGCAGCACCCAUUGUCGAGGCACCUGCUCCAAAGGUUGCACCCAUUGCCAAGCCUGCACCCAUUGUCGAGGCGCCCGUUGUCGAGGCACCCGUUGUCGAGGCACCGACCAUUGUCGAUGCAUUUGUUGCAGAAGUUACACCCAUUGUCGAAACAGCUCCAAUUGCUGAAGCACCACGUGCAGAACCUCCACUGACUGACGCGCCUGCAUUUGAUCCCAUCACUAUGGAGGCGCCUGUAGCAGUGCAAGAAACCGUUAAGGCGCCCGUUGAGGAGUUUGAGGUUGUUGAGCCCGUUGUGGUUGAAGCUGCCCCCAUCGAUCCAAAUGCUAUUGUCGAGGCCGCUCCAGUCGAGGUCGAAGUCGCUGCUGCACCCAUCCAGGAACCAGUUCUUAUCGAGGAAGCUGCUGCUCCUAUUCACGAGGCCAUUGUUGUGGCUGAAUUUGCAGUUGAGAAAACGAUUGUUGAGCAGGAGGCGGUUGUCGAGGCUGCUACGGUUCAGGAGGUUGCCAUCGUUGCUAUUGCUGAAAAGGAGGUCGUCAUCGAAGCUGUUGAUGAGAAGGGAGUCAAGUCAGAACCUGAGGAGUUGGCUCCAGUCGAGGAACUUGUUGUCGCGCCUGCCCCAGUCGAGGAGGAAACGAAGCUCACACCCGUCCCUUCCGAGAAGGUCAUUAUUGUCCCAGAGUCCGCACCUGUCGAAGAAGUCGUCCAGGCCGCGCCCAUCAAAGAGCCUGUUGUCAAGACUGCGCCCAUCGAGGAACCUAUUGCCGAGGCUAUAUCCAUUCAGGAAACUAUUGUUGAGGCAGAGCCCAUUGAACAACCCAUUUCCGCCGCCGAGUCGACACCCGUCGAGGAAGAGGCCAAGGUUGAGGCUGAGGCUGAGGCAGUGGGACAGCCCCUUGUCAAUGAAACAAAAGACGCCGCUGAGGAACCAAUGAACGAUUUCAAGGCCAUUGCAGAGUCGAUCAGCGAUCAAGUUGUGUUCAGUAAAACCAAAGAGGAGAUGCUCCAGUCGGCUCCUGUCGAGCCAGUCUUGAGCCCUAUCCAUUCAAGCACUGAGUUGCGUGCCAACUCACCCAGUCGAAAGCCUGGCCAUUCUAUGCAGAAGCACGGAGGAGAGAUUGUCAAGGUCACUGGCACUUUUGAUAACUGGCAAGAAUCCAUUGUGCUCAAGAAGGUUCCUUCAACACGGGAUGAGUUCUUCGCGAUUGUUGAGCUGGACAGGACGCAGCAUAUCUGGAUGGCGUAUGGAGGUGCUCGACUGAGUUUGAGACCGAGUACGACUACAAUGGCAACUUAA